AGUGGAGUCUUUUACCGGAAAUGGAUGACAAAGGUGAUGAUAAUGAUGAUGAAUACGAUGCGGAACCCUGUAAAAAGGUGGCAAUAAUCUGCAGUGAUCCAACUCCAAGUGAUCCUACUAUCACCCCAAGUGCAAAUACGUUCACUCUGUUCAAGCUCAAGCCCAAGCUCAAGAGGCUAGGAUGCAAUAAAGAAUGUUCUAUUUUCCUAUUUCAAUUAUCAAUUUUAAGUUUUCAAGUGGACCAACUAGAUGGAAGUGCACACGCCUGGACAUUCAAUUUACUAAUUUCUCUUCACCAUCCCUUUGCAGCCAUUCCGGGCCGCUGCGACGAGUACCAGGCCUGUUACCCGGCCACCGGAAACCUGCUGAUCGGCCGCGAGGACCGCCUGCAGGCGAGCAGCACCUGCGGUCGCACUGACAAGGUCCGCUACUGUGUGGUCAGCCACCUGAAGGAGAAGAAGAAGUGCUUCCUCUGCGACUCACGGCCCCGCCACAAGGGCACCAACAAGUACCACGGCAUUGAGAAUGUCGUCUCCACGUAAUACUGGUGGCAGGCAGAGAACGGCGUCGAGAACGUGACCAUUCAGUUCGACCUGGAGGCGGAGUUUCACUUCACCCACCUGGUCAUUACCUUCAAGACCUUCCGCCCGGCGGCGAUGCUCAUCGAGCGGUCGCACGACUUUGGCCGCACCUGGCAGGUCUAUCAGUACUUUGCGGCCGACUGCGCCUCCAGCUACCCGGGCGUCCCGACCGGCGCCCGCCUGAAGAUCACCGACGUCGUCUGCGACAACUCCUACUCGGGCGUGGAGCCCUCGACGGAGGGCGAGGUGAUCUUUCGCGUCCUCCCGCCGACCAUUCGCAUUGAGGACCCCUACAAGAAGGACGUGCAGGACAUUCUGAAGAUCACCAAUCUACGGAUUCGCUUUGAGAAGCUGCACAACCUGGGCGACAACCUGCUCGACCCGAGGAAUGAGAUCAAGGAGAAGUACUACUACUCGAUUUAUGAUAUCGUCGUGCGAGGAAGUUGUUCCUGCUACGGGCACGCCAGUCGCUGUAAGGCAGAUGGAGAUGCGGUCAUUACCGAUAUGGUCUACGGGCGGUGCGAGUGCACCCACCACACCAAGGGGCUGAAUUGUGAGCUCUGUGAGGAGCUGUACAAUGACCUGGAGUGGAAGCCCGCUUUUGGACGGCAGACGAAUGCCUGUCAGAGAUGCAACUGCAACAACCACGCCAGCCGCUGUCACUUUGACAAGGCAGUGUACGCUGCCUCGGGAAACGUCUCCGGCGGCGUCUGCGAGGACUGCCAGCACAAUACGAUGGGCAAGAACUGCGACCGCUGUAAGCCCUUCUUCUUCCGCGACAGUGCCCGGUCGCUGGAGGACCCCUACGUUUGUCAGGAGUGUGACUGCGACCCGCGCGGCUCUGAAGAGCAGGGCCUCUGCGACGAGGUCACAGACCUGGAGGCGAACAUGGAGGCGGGCAAGUGCCACUGCAAGGAAAAUGUGGAGGGUCGGCGGUGCGACCACUGCAAGCGCGGCUUCUGGAACCUCAACGAGCUCAGUCCGAAGGGCUGCAUCGAGUGCAGCUGCAGCCUGCUGGGCACGGUGGACAACCUGGGCUGCAAUGUCAAUACCGGGGAGUGUAUUUGCAAGCGAAAUGUCGUCGGGAGGGACUGUAAUAGCUGUGCGCCGCACUACUACGGCCUGAGCGCCGACGAGGAGGGCUGCAAGUACUGCGACUGCGACCCGGGCGGCGCCUACUCAAAUGACUGCGACCAGCAGACCGGGCAGUGCAGCUGUCGACCGCAUGUGACCGGAAGGCGGUGUGACCGACCCGAGGAGGGCUACUUUGUUCCCGGCCUGGACCACCGGACCUUGGAGGCGGAAGAGGCGAAGGUGGUGGGCGGAAGUCCUCAGCCGCUCCCCCGGCAGCCGUACGGCGACCGGCAGCUGAGCUGGAGCGGCACCGGCUUUAUGCGCCUCCACCCGCUGUCGGCGAUUGAGUUCACGCUGGACGGCGUGCCCGAGUCAAAGCUGUACGACCUGGUAGUGCGCUAUGAGCCGCAGGUGAGCGGCCGCUGGGAGAAUGUGGUGCUCAACAUUAGGCGGCAGGGCUUUGGAGGUGGAGCCUGUUCCAACUACACUGGGCCCGAUCAGGAGGCGCAGCGGCUGGAGCUGUCCUCUUCCUCGCGGGAGGCGGCUGCCACUUCCGUCUGUCUGGAGAAGGGCCUGCGAUACAUUCUCACGCUGGAGGUGAAGGAUUUUGAGCGGCCGAUAACGGACGGCGGUGAGGCGCCCUCGGUGUUGAUUGAUUCGAUCGCCGUCAUCCCCCGACCCGAUGACAUUCCCUUCUUCACGGGCACGCCGGAAAACGACCGCCGGCGGAUUGAGUUUGAGCGCUUUCGCUGCUACACCACCUACUACUCGCUGAAUCGGGCCCCUGAGCCGGAUGAGUACUGCCGGCGGAUGCUGAUGAGCGUCGGCUUUUACGUCUUUGACGGGGCGAAGCCCUGCGACUGCGACACCACCGGCUCCACCAGCGCCGUGCAGUGCGCCACGCUGGGCGGGCAGUGCGCCUGUAAGGUGCACGUCGCCGAGCGGACCUGCAACCGCUGUCACAUUGGCUACUACGGCUUCGGCCCGGAUGGCUGCAAGCCCUGCGACUGCCACGGCUACGGCUCGCUGGACAACUUCUGCGACAAGAGCACCGGGCAAUGUAGCUGCCGAACGGGAACCUUCGGCCGUGCCUGCGACGAGUGCCAGCCCGGCUACUGGAACUACCCCAACUGCCAGCGGUGCAGCUGCAACGGCUUCAGCGAGCUCUGUGACUCGAAGACCGGCGCCUGCGUCGACUGUCGCGAGGCGACGGCGGGCGUCAGCUGCGAGGAAUGUGCCGCCGGGUACUACGGCGAUCCGCUGGGCCGGCGGACCGGGCUGACCGUUCCCUGUCGGCAGUGCCCGUGUCCGGACGUGGCGGGCAGCUGGAUCAGCCACGCGGCGACCUGCGAGCUCGAUCCGGGCACGCAGAACGUCCUCUGCCACUGUGCGCCGGGCUACAGUGGGGAGAAGUGCGAUCGCUGUUCGGAGAACUACUACGGCAAGCCGAAUACGGUGAACGGAACCUGCGAGGAGUGCCGCUGCAAUGCCAACAUUGACGUGGCGGUGCCGGGCAGCUGCGACCCCGCGGACGGCCGCUGUCUGAAGUGCCUCUACCACACCGCCGGCGACGGCUGCGAGAUUUGCGAGCCGGGCUUCUACGGGAAUGCACUCGAGCACAGCUGCGCCGCCUGCGUCUGCAAUCAGCUGGGCACGGAUGAGCGGAGUGCCUUCUGCAACCAGACCACCGGGCAGUGCGCCUGUCUGCCCAAUGUGAGGGGCCUAGGGUGCGACAGCUGCGAGGAGGACCACUGGAAUCUGGCGAGCAAGAAGGGCUGCGAGGCGUGUGACUGCGACGCCCAGGGCAGCUACUCGCUGAAGUGCAACGAGCUGGAUGGGCAGUGUCACUGUAAGCCGACGCACGGGGGGAGGAGGUGUAAUGAGUGUCUGCCGAACCACUGGGGCGAUCCGAGGGUGCAGUGUCAGCAAUGCGACUGCAACCUCUCCGGCUCUCUUUCCACCCAGUGCGACAAGGCCACCGGCUACUGUGUUUGCGUGCCCGGAAUCAGUGGGCCCCGCUGCGACCGUUGCGCUCGUGGCUUUACCGGAACGGCGCCCCACUGUGAGGCCUGCGGCGAGUGCUUUGAAAAUUGGGACCUCAUCAUUGGAAAGCUGAAGAACGAGACGCUGGGCCUGUUGGACAAGGCCCGGAUCAUCAAGAUGACGGGCACGACGGGCGCCUAUACGCGCCAGUUUACGCAGAUUGAGGAGAACCUCAAAGAGGUGGAGAAGAUUCUCCAGGGGCAGGACAUUAAUGAGGUCGACCUGGAGCAGGUGCAGCACAUGAUCUCGGAGGCGCGGGAGAACCUGCUGGAGCUGCAGGACAUUCUGGCGACGCAUGAGAAGCACAUUGAAGACACGAAGACGGGCGUCAUCAAGACGAACAUCAAGCUCGAUGAGCUGACGGCGGCCGCUAAAAGGCUGAAAAUCGAAGCCGAAGAGCUGAAGGAGGAGGCGACGAAGCUGCAGGAGGGCAACGUCGAGGGCGCCUACAACAUCACCAAGGACUCGAAACGGCGCUCGCAGGCCGCCUGGCAGCGGGUUCUGGACAGCGGAAACAUCCUCAAGGAGUCGGAGACGAAGCGCCGGAACACGGAGUCGCUGAUUGACCAGGCCCGCUCGAAGCACAAUGCGACGUACCUGGAGAACGAGGGCGCCCUGGGGGCGGUCCAGGUGGAGAUCAGCAAGAUGGAGCUGGGCCUGCCGAGGAUCAAUGAGCUGGUCUGUGAUGGGCAGUCGACGAUGGACAAGUGUGACACGCUUUGCGGAGGGGCCGGCUGUGGGCGGUGCGGAGGCGUCAGCUGUACGGAGGGCGCCCGGACGAAGGCGGAGAACGCCCUGGGAAUGGCCGUCAAGGCGGAGGGAAAGCUUGCGGAGCGGGACCGGGAGGCGAAGGACGAGCUCCGGCGAAUCACCGACGCCCGCGUGAAGGCGGAGGAGGCGCUGGCGGAGGCGAAGGCGGCCUUUGAGCGGAUCAUGGCGGCGAAGAACGCCAGCACGGAGACGGCCCUCGAGGUGAAGGACCUGCUGGAGAAGAUUGACUACUUCCUGGCGGGCUCGGCGGCGACGCCGGCGGAGCUUCGGACGCUGGCGGAGGCCUGCAAGGGCAUGGAGAUCAGUCUUGAUCCGAAGCAGAUUGAGGAGCUGGCGCUGGAGAUCAACCGGACGAUUGCCGGGCUGAAGGACAUUGACCGCAUCUUGGAGGAGACGAAGGAUGCGGUGCUGCGGGCGAACGAUCUGAAGAUUAGGGCUGAUUUGGCCAAGCAAAAAUCGGACGGCAUUCUCGCCGAGGCGGAGAGCGUUAGGAAGGCCCUGGAGGAGGCGCGGCAGGCGCAGGAGAAGGCGAAGCAGUCGAUUGAGGAGGCCAAUGGCGACAUUGGCACCAUUGACAAGGACCUGAACGAGAUCUACAACGGCGCCGAGACGGCAAAGGGCAACGCCCGUUCGGCCACUGAGGGCAUCCAAGGGCUGAACGACCGCCUGGACAACCUGAAGAAGAAGUACGCCAGCAACAAGUUCAAGAUUGACAAUGCGGAGAAUGAGUCGCGCAGCGCCAAGGAGCUGGCGGAGCAGGCCAGUCGGGGCGCCGACGAGCUGGAGAAGAAGUACCAGUCCGCCUUUGGCAAGCUCGACCAGAAGUCGCAGGUGAGCGAGUCGCUGAAGAAGCGCGCUCAGGACCUGAAGGACAACGCCUCGAAGCUCUUCACCAACGUGUCCAGUAAGCUGAAGAAGAUUGAAGAGUUUGAGUACUCCAUCGAGAACAACGAACGGAAGCUCAAUGAUCUGCAGAAGGUGGUGGCCGAUCUGAACAGCCAGAUGAAGAACCACCUGGACCAUAUCGAGGACAAGGCGAAGAACUACCGCGACUGUCAGGCGUAG